AUGUCAGACUCCAUCGCAUUCUCCCCGGGUCCCUACCACAUCAUCUCCUAUGGAGCCCUCCUAGGAACGACGUUCUUCCAUUCCUUUGUAAACGGCAUCACAAUGUUCCGCGUCCUCGAGCGGCCGGCCUUUGCAACCGCCCAAAACGCCCUGUUCCCCGUCUACUUCACCAUUCAGACGGCUCUCCCCGCCCUUAUGGCCCUCACCUACCCGGGCAGCCGCGGUCUCCUCGGCGAGCAGGCCAGCAGCAUCACCGGCCUCCUCCAGGAGUCGAACCGCUACACCGCCCUCCUGCCCAUCGCCACCAUGUUCCUCACGGGCCUCGUCAACCUUGCCGUCGUCCUGCCCAAGACCGUGACGGUCAUGAAGGCUAGAUAUGCCCAAGAGAAGAAGGAUGGAAAGAAGAGCUACGACGCCGCGCCGCAUUCUCAGGAGAUGCAGGCUCUCAACAAGUCCUUUGGCAAGCUUCACGGCAUCUCCACCCUAAUCAACCUGGCUGGCUUCAUUGCCAUGAUCCAGUACGGUUUCUCGCUAGCAGCUCGUCUUGACUAA